AUGGCCAUCACCACGCUCUCUCCCCUCAAUCACCACUCUGAUUUCGAGGCCUUAGCCUCCGCAGACGGUUACAUUUCCAUCUGCGGCUACGGUUCCCUCCUCUCCACUAAGUCUGCAAAAACCACUUUCCCGCAUCUCGUUAACUUCCAAAUCGCCAAGUUAACCGGCUUCCGUCGUGUCUUCAACGCUGUCGGAGGCUUCUUUUUCAUUCACGGUGUUGCCAAUAUCAAAACUGAGGAAAUUGCUGGCCUCUCUGUUGAGCCGUGUGAAGGUGAAAUCAUUGUAGUGGCUGUUUUUGAGAUAAAGAUAACAGAGAUUCCAGCAUUUAUUGAAAGGGAGCGCGAAUAUCGUUUUUUACCUGUUAUCCCUGAAUCACUAGAUGGGAAGCCCUUCAUCAAUCCUGCGGUUCUCUGUGCUUCUUCCACAGAUGAGGAAUUCUUCAAUUUAAAAUGCAGUGAGGGCAGGGAAAUAUAUUUUCAACAAUAUGGAGAAUUUAAGAUCCAUAAGAUUUGGCGGGAUGAUGUUUUACCAUGCCGUGUUUAUCUUCGUCACUGUGUCCUGGCUGCAAAAAGCCUUGGAGAUGAAGCUUACAACAACUUUUUGGAUCAUACCUUUCUUGGUGAUCGUAGAACAACCACACGCCAGUAG